GGGCGGGGAGCCCCGCCUGCCACCCAGUCCGGAGCGCGGUCCCCAGGCGUGGGGCGCAAGCCGCAGGUAGGGAGGAUGGGAAGAACAGAGCCGGGAGGAGGCAAGAAGAUGAGCCGACCCAAGGGGCUUCCCAGCGAGGGGCAAGACGAGGAAGUGCUCGAGGAGCUGCAGAGCCUCGGGUGGUACCACGAUAAUCUCACUCGCCAUGCAGCAGAGGCUCUUCUUCUUACUAAUGGAUGUGAUGGAAGCUAUCUCUUAAGGAAGAGUAACGAAAGGAAUGAUUUGUACUCGCUCUCAGUAAGAGCAAGAGAUUCUGUGAAACAUUUCCAUGUGGAACACACAGGGACUUCAUUCAAGUUUGGCUUUAAUGAAUUUUCCAGCUUGAAGGACUUAGUCAUGCAUUUUGCCAACCAGCCUCUAAUUGGAAGCGAGACAGGCACCCUAAUUGUGCUGAAAUAUCCAUAUCCCCGGAAAGUGGAAGAACCUUCCAUUUAUGAGUCUGUCCGGGUUCACACUGCAAUGCAGACAGGAAAAACUGAAAAUGAUCUUGUCCCGAGCGCUCCUUCGCUUGGUACAAAAGAAGGAUACUUAGUAAAACAAGGCAAAAUAGUAAAGAAUUGGAAAAUGAGGUGGUUUACAUUGUAUAGGAAUGAACUUAAAUAUUUCAAAGACCAGAUGUCCACAGAACCAAUUCGGGCACUAGACUUAACAGAAUGCUCAGCGGUGCAAUUUGACUAUUCGCAGGAACGAGUCAACUGUUUCUGUUUAGUAUUCCCACUAAGAACAUAUUACCUGUGUGCAAAGACUGGUAUAGAAGCAGAUGAGUGGAUUAAGAUACUGCGAUGGAAAUUGUCACAAAUAAGAAAACAACAGGACCAGCGUGAAGCCACCUCUACUCUGUAGUUAUUGUACCAAUGACAUUUCCUCAGCAAGAUUCAAUCUUCAGCAUUUAAAAGCGUCAUUUCACAUGAGGGCAGCUCCAGCACAUGCAUUAUCUACAGGGAACAUCUCCCUACUUGCAUCAUAGACAGGAUUAAUACUAGCUGGACACUUUCAGAAUGUGAAAUGUUAUCCAUGAAAACUGUUGCAUCCCAGUGAUACUGGUUCCUUAUCCAGCCACAUUCCUAAUGUAUAUUUAAGUGUGCCACCUUGUCUGUUCACUUACGCAUCACAAAAAUGUUCAGUAUUUGAAAGUAUAGUAGUAAAGCACUCUCAGGCUAGCAUCAUUGAACAUAUGUAAUAAAUAACUAACUUCUAGCAACAGCCGUUCUACAGGGUUUAACCUAUUCAUGUGACAUCAGCUUUAUACUGGAAACCUUAAAUAUUUCUUUUGCAUUGUGGUUUAAGGGUUUAAAUCUUAGAAUAUUGUCUCCAAAAUAGAUUUUUUCCCAUGUUGCUGUGAAACUGACUAGAGUAUAUUUUUGUAAUUUAUGUGAGUCCCUUUUACAUGGAAAAUAUAAAAUUAUUAUUUUUAAAGUCCAGUGUCAAAGUGGGUGAUACUUGAUUAUGAUGAAAGAUACUAGCAUGUCCUCCAUUUUGACAACUGUGUGUGAGAUAGCCUCUCUUUCUGUAAAAUAAAUAGAAUGUAUCUCUCAGGAAUGUACUAUAUUGAAAAUAUCCUUGCUGAUAUACUGGGGUGAUAAGGGCACAAGGCAUUUGAACCCCAGCUUCUCCAUUCCUAGUACACACAUAAAGGAAUAGUCAUACGAUCCAAUGGAAUGAGGAGAGAAUGCUCUAUAGCAGUGGUGGGCAACCUGCAGCCCAACAGUGCCUCUGGCACAAUGUGGCCCCCUGUUCUUGGUUAGUUCCUAGGAACGAUUUGAUUAAAAAUAAAAUAUUAAGCAUAUAUACAGCAUAGUCUCUUUAAAAUGAAUCUGCCAUAUGGGAAAGAAAAUGUUAUUCCCUACCCCCUCAGAGUCUUGUGCAGACCCAGUGUUACCAGAGUCUGCUGAUUUCUGAUUUUUUUUCCUACUUGUAUUACUAAAAUGAUACAUGUAAAGCAAGGGCAUGUGAAGGGCAUUGCACACAACACUGACUGGAAGAGUUGUGCACUCCAUCUGUCAAAGCACUGCUAUGGCUCAAAUUGGCAAAACCUUCAAAUUCCAGCUACAGAAGUGCAGUUGGCAAAACUACCCUAACCCAUGGGACCCUGUUGGUUACAACAAUCUUGUGGCCCACUGAGAUGAAGGAGGGCUACUCGUGUAGGUUUUCCAUUGCGGUUCUACAGCCAGCAGAGCUCUUGGUUCCUAUAGAUGCUUAGUGGAAAUCUAGCAGAGGCAGGUACCCUUCCCUUACCCCAAUGAAGAUAGUUAAUUUUUUACAUGUUUCUGCUAGAGGUAUCUGCUUGUAAUUAUCUUUCCUUGGUUAGUAUUGAGAGCUUACAAGCAGAAGCUAUUCAUUUUAGUUCAUUAGGUUUGUGUGUCUUAGGGGACAGGGCAAGGAGCUAAGAGAUAAGUUACAUUCUGAAAUGAAUUGUAAAGCAUCAAGCAGCUAUCCAGACAAAGAAAGCAGGGCUCAUGCAUUUGUUCUGAAAUAUCAGAUUUUUGGGCAGGUACAAGUCAAGCGAAAGUUUUACAUUACACAAGACCAUGCUAUGUUGUCCCACCUUAUAAACUGCUUUGGCAUUUUUAAAAUAAAGCUUGUACCCUGAGUACUUUAAUUUUCUAAGUUGCCUUUACUGUGUGAAGAGAGGCAUCUAGGGGUAUGGCUAGACUGCAGGGGGUUUUCUGGAUACCAGAGGUAUCCCGAAAAAACUCUGUCCAGGGAACCUGUUUGC